UUCAGAGCUACAGUUUGCAGAUGGGUGUAACCAACAAGCUGGGGGAAAUACAGAAGCGUAUCACAUGCUGUUAUUACAUCAGAGCUCAGACUAGUUUCACUUCUCAGGAUGUGAGACUCAGAGAGUCAGACAGUCGUUGUUACUGAGCGAGAGGUGAAAUGGCGCAGAAAGGAGUUCAGCUGGACCGGGAAACCUUCUCUUGUUCCAUCUGUCUGGAUCUACUGAAGGAUCCGGUGGCUAUUCCCUGUGGACACAGCUACUGCAUGAACUGUAUUAAAAGCCACUGGGAUGGAGAGGAUCGUAAGUACAUCUACAGCUGCCCUGAGUGCAGGAAGACGUUCACACCGAGGCCUGUCCUGCUGAAAAACACCAUGUUAGCAGCUUUAGUGGAGGAGCUGAAGAAGACUGGACUCCAAGCUGCUCCUGCUGAUCACUGCUAUGCUGGAGCUGAAGAUGUGGCCUGUGAUGUCUGCACCGGGAGAAAACUCAAAGCACACAAGUCCUGUCUGCAAUGUCUGGCUUCUUUCUGUGAGAAACACCUCCAGCCUCAUUAUGAAUCAGAGACAUUCGAGAAACACAAGCUGGUGGAGCCGUCCAAGAAGCUCCAGGAGAACGUCUGCUCUCGUCACGAUGAGGUAAUGAAACUUUUUUGCCGUACUGAUCAGCAGUGUAUCUGUUCGCUCUGCUCUGUGGAGGAACAUAAAGGCCACGAUACAGUCUCAGCUGCAGCAGAAAGGACUGAGAGGCAGAAAAAGCUCGAGGGGAGUCGACAGACCAUCCAGCAGAGAAUCCAGGACAGAGAGAAAGAUGUGAAGCUGCUUCAACAGCAGGUGGAGGCCAUCGAUCGCGCCGCCGAUAAAGCAGUGGAGGACAGCGAGAAGAUCUUCACCGAGCUGAUCCGUCUCCUGGAGAAAAGAAGCUCUGAUGUGAAGCAGCAGGUCAGAUCCCAGCAGAAAAGAGAAGAGAGUCGAGUCAGAGAGCUUCAGGAGGAGCUGGAGCAGGAGAUCACUGAGCUGAAGAGGGAAGACGCUGAGCUGAAGAAGCUCUCACACACAGAGGAUCUCAACCAGUUUCUACACAACUACCCCUCACUGUCACCUCUCAGCCAAUCAGCAUCCAGCAUCCAAAUCUGUCCUCUGAGCUGCUUUGAGGAUGUGACAGCGGACGUGUCAGAAGUCAGAGAUAAACUACAGGACGUCCUGAGAGAGGAACCCAAGACCAGAGCUGGAUUCUUAAAAUAUUCACGUAAAAUCACACUGGAUCCAACCACAGCAAACACACAUCUAUCAUUAUCUGAGGGGAACAGGAAAGCAACAUUCAUGGGUCAACAGUCUUAUUCUAGUCACCCAGACAGAUUCACUAACUGGUGUCAGGUCCUGAGUAGAGAGAGUCUGACUGGAUGUUGUUACUGGGAGGUGGAGAGGGGAGGAGAAGGAGUUUAUGUAGCAGUCACAUACAAGAAUAUCAGGAGAGCAGGGGGGUCGGAUGAAUGUAGAUUUGGACAAAAUGACAAAUCUUGGGCGUUAGAUUGUGACAACAACAUUUAUACAUUUUGGUCCAACAAAGUCCAAACUCCCGUCUCAGGUCCUGAGUCCUCCAGAGUAGGAGUGUACCUGGAUCACAGUGCAGGUAUUCUGUCCUUCUACAGCGUCUCUGAAACCAUGACUCUCCUCCACAGAGUCCAGACCACAUUCACUCAGCCCCUCUAUGCUGGACUGAGGGUUUAUGGUUCUUAUGGAGACUCUGCUGAGUUGUGUAAACUGAAAUAGACAGAAGUCAUUUAAGGGUUAAAUUCUGUCAUUCUGAGUAAUUUUUUUAUUUAAAAAAAAGGAAAACUUGCAGCUUGUUAAAUGAGAAUAUUUUCUGGUUCCUUCACUCCUCAAGGCUUUUUAAAAAACGCUUUGGACGCAUUCAAGGCUUUUAUUGAUACAUUUUCAAUGGGUUUUUUUCGGUGGUUUUUAUUGAAAGCUUUUUGACGCUCGUUUUCUACAACACACACACACAUGGACACACACGUACACACACACACGUGGACACACACGGACACACACACACAUGGA